AGAAUGUCAGUGGCUGCUUACUGUAUAUUUUGCUGUAGGCAGAUAAGAACCUCUGGUUCACCGACCCAAAAAACCUUACCCUGGAAUGAUAUAAUUAUUUCUUCAGCAUGUAGCUGUCUCUUGUCUGCAUCCAAAAUUCUUAAAGCCUUGCAAAGGCAGAACCUGGUGACAGUGGGUAUGGGGCAAACCUCACAGUUCUUGCUGAAGAAUAUCAAUUAUUCAUGAUAGGAAAAGUUGCAAAGGUAACUGGAUCACUUGUACUAGGAGGUUUUGUCUUCAUUACAUAUGAAGUUCUGUCCUUAAAGAAAUUACUGCAAAUCGAUACUCAAGCUAUACAUCAAGAAAAACUUAAAUCCCAUGUAUAUAUACGAACAUCUUCUUUAAAUCCAAGUGAAUAUCAAGGGAUCACAUACCAUGCCAGAAAAGAAAUCCAUAAAGCAGUGAGGAAAAUUCUAGAAACAGAAGCUAAACUUUUCUGGAGGCCUUUUAAUGAACACUUCAGUACGUUUGAUGGAGAAGAUCAUGAAUGUGCCUUAUGGCUCCUCUUAAAAAGGACUCAGUCAGAAAACAAAGAGGUCCGACUGCAGGCUGUACAGGAUCUGGCAAAGAACACUCGCUGGCAUGAUUAUCAAUAUGGUACAGUUGCUCAAGCCUGUGAUCAGAGGACUGCUAUAGGUUUGGCUCGGUCCCAAGAUGUCGAUCUUCGCUUUUUCCUGCCUCCACCAUCGCUGCCAAAAGUGAAGAAUGAUUAUCUCAUAGAAGAUCAGCUUCGCUUGUUAUUAGUGUCUUUACCUCAGACCGAUCUUGAUCCAUGUGUCCAGUACUUCACAUCUCUUGCUUUACGUGAAAGUAGUCAGACUCUUGCUGCACAAAGGGGAGGCUUAUGGUGUUUUGGGGGAAAUGGACUUCCAUAUUGUGAGACAUUGAGUAAAAUUCCUUCAGAGACAGUAGAACUCUUCUGCUUGCAAGCUUUAGUGCAACAUUCUAAGGUUUCUUCUCACUGUGAUAAAAUUGAAGCUCAAGGAGGCCUUCAGCUGCUACAGAGGAUAUACCAACUACGUAAAGAUUCUGCAAAAAUACAGAGGAACAUAAUUCGCAUUAUUGGAAAUAUGGCUUUGGAUGAACGUCUUCAUUCAUCCAUAGUACGUGCAGGUUGGGUUUCUGUGCUUGCUGAAGUAAUGAAAUCCCCACAUGUCAUUCAGUCUUCUCAUGCAUCCAGAGCUCUGGCUAAUCUAGACAGGGACACAGUACAAGAGAAGUAUCCAGAUGGUGUUUACAUCUUACACCCACAAUAUCGUAGCAGUCAGCCCAUCAGAGCAGAUAUCCUUUUUGUUCACGGUCUUUUGGGAGCAGCAUUUAAAACCUGGCGACAGCAAGACGUUGACCAGCCUUUGGAUAAAAAGGCUUCAGAAGUGGAAGAGGAAUACAGUCAGUGCUGGCCAAAGACGUGGCUGGCUUCAGACUGUCCCACCCUUAGAAUCAUAUCUGUGGAAUAUGACACUCGUUUGAGUGACUGGAAAGCAAAAUGUCCUGUUGAGCCUCACAGGAAGUCGAUCGCUUACAGGAGCAAUGAGCUUCUUGAGAAGCUCAGAGCUGCUGGGAUUGGAGAUAGACCCCUAGUAUGGGUGUCACACAGCAUGGGUGGUCUUCUAGUCAAAAAGAUGCUAGUGGAUGCUUCCAAGAACCCAGAAAUGGAUAAAAUUGUAAACAACACAAGAGGAAUCAUAUUUUAUAGUGUACCUCACCAUGGUUCCCAGCUGGCUGAAUAUUCCAUAAAUGCCAGAUAUCUUCUCUUUCCUUCUGUGGAGGUUAAAGAACUCAGCAAGGAUUCUCCCGCCCUUAAAGAGCUGAACGAUGACUUCCUGUCUUUUGCCAAAGAUAAGAAAUUUCCAGUGCUGAGUUUUGCCGAAACCUUACCCACACACAUAGGCAGCAUGAUAAAACUGCAUGUCGUACCGCUAGAAUCAGCAAGGUUAGGUAUUGGAGACCUUAUUCCAGUGGAUGUAAAUCACCUUAAUAUUUGUAAGCCAAAGAAUAAGAAUGCCUUCCUGUACCAGCGCACGUUGAAGUUCAUUCAGGACGUUUUAGCCACAGACCUUGGAGACUGAGGUUUUAAUCAUCCUUGUCUACCUAUUUCCACUAUUUGGUGUAACACAGUAAGUUCUCCUAACCCUCGUUAGAAGAUCUGCGGAGCCACAGAGAUGCUAUGUCACUAGUAUCUGCUGCUAAAACAAUUUUUAGUACGUCUCCAACUUAGAGACCUCUCUAACUUAUUUCUAAAAUAUAUUCAAAAGAAAUGCAAACUGGGAGACAGUCCCAUAAGCCUGGCAAAAAGAAAGUGAGUGUUGGCUUAGGGUAAGCAUGAUCUGUUGACAAAAUGUGCAAAUUCUCCAGCAGUCUGGCUGAGAGGGGAUGGGGAGUCAGUGGAAGCUAAGUUUCACUAAGUAUACAGAUGCCCCUCUAGAGUAAUAACUAGAUGCACAGGCACC